AUGGCUACUGAACAAUCAUCUUCAGAAUCUCCAUCUCGAAAACGCCCGCGUCGUUCAAAACAAGAUCCACAAUUUAUAUUCGAUAAUCCAAUCGUUGAUGAAUCAGAAACGGAUACAUCAUUAACUAAACGAAAUUCAACAAAAAAUAAAACAAAACCAUUACGUUCUGUUGAUUCUCCUGAUGCAAGUGCUGAUUUAUAUGAACCAGGUGAUAUUGUCUGGUGUAAAUUAGGCGGUUUUCCAUGGUGGCCUGCAUUAAUUUAUCGUUGUACCACUGAAGGAGGAAUUCAUACAAAAACAUUAAAUUCAAAUAAUAAACCGAAACGAUUAUUUUUCGUGUAUUUCUAUGGUAAAUAUCUUGAAUAUUCAUGGAUAUCAACUCGUUGGCUAUUAACAUAUGCUGGAUUAAGUAAUUUUAUUCAACAUGCUGAAGCUGCUGUUCAACAAGCUGCAACUAAAUCGGAACAACAAGAAUUAGCAAAUAGAUUUCAAUUAAAAGUUUCAAUGAAAAAACGUGUACAAUGGGAUGAAGCAAUUGAAUUAGCUGAUCGAGCAUUAACAAUGACAAAAGAUGAAAGAAUUGAAGACUUCAGUGAUCUAUUAAAAGAUGCUUUAAAUCAAACAAAAAAUAGUGUACGUCGUCGAAAAACAUCUGUUGAGAAAAAUCAAAAUGAAGAAGAAGGAGAAGGAGGAGAAGAAAAUGGAGAAGAUAAACAAAAUGCAAGAGAUUCUUCAAUAUCUUCAAAUUCUUCUUUGAUACCUGAAGUAAAAACUGAAGAGACAAAUACAACUGAAAAACCUUCCGUAUCACAUCGAAAACCUGCAGCUUUUAAUCAAAAUGGUUCAACAACAUUAGAAGAAGAUGAUCAGACAGUAAAAAAGAAACGUGGACGAAAACCAAAAUCAGAAACAAAUACAUUAUCAAAUUCAGCAAUCUCAACAACAGAAGAUAAUCAACCAAUGAAAACUCGUACAAAAAUUUCGUCUACAAAUAAAGAUCAUACUCCUUCAACAAAACAAGUACGUAAAAGUAGACGAUCAGAAAAAACAAAUGGAAAUGAAAUUGAAUAUGAUUAUAAACCAUCAGAUCGUUCUGAUCAACAAAUUUCAUCACCAAUCGUUCAUCUUCUUCAAGGAAAUUAUCCACCAUUAUCAAAUUUUGAACAAAAACAAAUUGUUGAAGGUCUUCUUCAUCAUCCAAAAGAGAGUAGUUUAACUUUUGAUGAAGCUCAAACAUAUGCAAUUAAUAAAGCUAUUGAAAUAAUUUAUGAAAAUCAUAAUUAUCGAAUGAAUAAUAUUUCACCUGAAUGGUUUUAUGAAUCUAUAUUAUUAAAAUAUCCAUCAGUUGUAUUUAAAUAUCGUUCAUGGUUUGAAAAUAUUAAAACUGAUACAAUACCAAAUGGAAAUGAUAUGAUAAAACUUAAACAAUGGCAAAUUGGACUUAUGCUUCAAGCACAAAUUAAAUCUGAACAACAACAACAACAACAACAACAAGAUUCAUCUAAUGGAAAUUAA